AUGAGGAGAUUAACGAUAAAAUUGUGGCCUAGUAAUAAUAAAGAUAGUAAUGAUAAUAAUAAUGACAGUAAAAAGAAUAGUGAUGUUCAUGAAGAUUAUGAUAAUAAUAAUGAUAAUGAUAAUAAAAGUGACAAUGUCAAUAAAGAUGUAGAUAAUGAUAAUAACGAUGCUAACUAUGACAAUGGUGACAGUGAUAGGAAGCUGACGAUCAUGAUGGUAGCAGUAAUGAUGAUGAUGAUGAUGGAUAAUGAUAAUCAUAAUAAUGAUAAUAAUAAUAAUAAUGAUGAUAAUCAAAAUAAUAAUGAUGAUGAUAAUAGUAAUGUAGAUGAUAAUGAUGAAGAUGAUAAUGAUAAUGAUGAUGAUAAUGACGAUGAUAAUGAUAAUAAUAAUGAUAAUGAUAAUGAUGAUAAUGAUAAUAAUAAUGAUAAUAAUAAUGAUGAUGAUGAUGAUGAUAAUGAUGAUAAUAAUGAUAAUAAUGAUGAUGACAAUAAUGAAGAUAAUGAUAAUGAUGAUGAUGAUGAUAAUAAUGAUGGU